CCACUACUAACCACUGCCAAAUAAGCUAAGUGUGGUUUUUUCUUUACAUUUUUUUGGAAGAAGAUUUCCCUAAUAGACAUGCUAGCUCUUAAGCUUCAAAAGAAGUUUACGGGGCUUUCCAAUGAGGAGAUUCUUUCCCUCACGGAUCAGUUUAACAAGUUAGAUGUCGAUGGAAAAGGCUACUUGGAUCAAACAACCACCAUCAAAGCUUUCGAAGAUUUAAAAAAGGGCUCUUACGAUGAAGUGCGUGAAGCAAUUCGGGAAGUUGACAUAGAUUCGUCCGGUCGUGUUGAAGCUGAAGACUUUGUUGGGAUUUACGAUGCUUUAAAGAAAGGUGUCGAAGGCACGGAAGUAAGAAAGGGCCGUAUUACUAUUAAAGGAUCUUCUUCUAGUGUCUCUCAUACUAUCAACGAAGAAGAACGUCGAGAAUUCAUAAAGCAUGUUAAUUCCGUUCUUGUUGGCGACCCCGAUCUUGGUGAACGUAUCCCUAUUAACACAGAAACCUUUGAGUUUUUUGAUCAAUGCAAAGAUGGUUUGAUAUUGUCAAAGCUUAUUAAUGACAGUGUUCCAGACACCAUCGAUGAGCGUGUUUUGAACAAGUCAAAGAACAAAAAACCACUUGACAAUUUCAAAAGCAUCGAAAACAACAAUGUUGUUAUUAACUCUGCAAAGGCUAUGGGUGGUAUCUCAAUCACCAAUAUUGGUGCUGGUGAUUUAUUGGAAGGUAGAGAACAUCUCAUUUUAGGUCUCGUCUGGCAAAUUAUCCGUCGUGGUCUGUUGGGUAAAAUUGAUAUUACCCUUCAUCCAGAAUUGUAUCGUCUUUUGGAAGAAGAUGAGACUUUAGACCAGUUCCUUCGUCUCCCCCCUGAGAAGAUUUUGCUUCGUUGGUUCAACUUCCAUUUGAACGCCGCGAAUUGGCACCGCAGAGUUUCUAAUUUUUCUAAGGAUGUUUCCGAUGGUGAAAAUUAUACUAUCCUAUUGAACCAAUUAGCUCCUGAUCUUUGCUCACGUGCUCCGUUGCAAACCCAAAAUGUUUUACAACGUGCCGAGCAGGUUUUAGAAAAUUCAGAGAAGCUCAAUUGUCGCAAGUAUCUUAGCGCUACUGCUAUGGUUGCUGGCAAUCCCAAAUUGAACUUGGCCUUCGUUGCUCAUUUGUUCAACACUCAUCCUGGAUUAGAACCCCUGAAUGAAGAAGAAAAGCCAGAAAUUGAACCAUUUGAUGCCGAAGGCGAGCGUGAAGCCCGUGUGUUUACUUUAUGGCUGAACUCUCUUGAUGUUGUUCCUAGCAUUCAUGAUUUCUUCAAUAACUUAAGAGAUGGUUGCAUCUUAUUGCAAGCUUACGAUAAAAUCACUCCAAGCACUGUCAAUUGGAAGAGGGUAAACAAACCUCCUGCUUCUGGUGAUGAAAUGUUACGAUUUAAGGCUGUGGAAAACUGUAACUACGCUGUUGAUCUAGGAAAACAACAAGGAUUCUCAUUGGUCGGUAUUCAAGGUGCUGAUAUCAAUGAUGGCUCUCGUACGUUAACUUUGGCUCUGGUCUGGCAAAUGAUGCGUAUGAACAUUACCAAGACUUUACAUAGUCUUAGCCGUGGUGGUAAGACUCUUUCAGACAACGAUAUGGUUGCUUGGGCAAAUUCUAUGGCCGCUAAAGGAGGAAGAGGCUCACAUAUUCGUUCUUUCCGUGAUCCCUCAUUAUCUAAUGGAAUCUUCGUUCUUGACGUACUUCAUGGUAUUAAAAGUGAAUAUGUUGAUUACAGCCUCGUUACUGAUGGCUCUACUGAGGAAUUGGCCAUUCAAAACGCCCGUUUAGCCAUUUCUAUAGCUCGCAAGUUGGGAGCCGUCAUUUUCAUCUUGCCCGAAGAUAUAGUUAGUGUUCGACCACGCCUCAUACUACACUUUAUUGGAAGCUUAAUGGCUGUCUAAAGUUUUGUGGAAUGAACUGUAGUUUUUUUUAAUGAUUGUCGUUUGAAGAUCUAAUUCAUUAGCUAUUUAAACGUCCUUUCUUUAGUAAUGAACCUUUUUAACAGCUACCCCUGGUAGUAAAGUUAUGUUGAUUAUUUUUUGUUAAGAUGCUUUUUGGGCUUUACUGUGUCCUGCUUCAUCUACUUUUUCAACGGAAGGAUUUAUUUUCUUAGAUUGCCAUAAAGCGUUUAAGAAGUGUCUAGCUUCUUUGGAAAAACAUUUUUUAGCAGUCUUUUUCGCAAUUAUAUGUCUACAAUCUAUAUUUCGUUGAUGACAACAUUUAUGUGAAUAGUGCUUGAAAAGUAGAUACAUUAAGUGUUCAAAUGUUUAAUAAUUAUGAUAUUACUAUUUCCACUAAGAUAGCUUAGAUGCAUCUGUUUUAAGU